CUUUUGUCGCUCAUUUCCACUGAUGUCUCCUGCUCAGCUGAUGAAGAGUGCUUCUCGCGCGGCCGUGCGCCCGGCGCGUUCGGCCGUCCGUGCCUUGGCGCAGCAGCGCACGCAGGCCAAGUCUGCUGUGCGUAAGUCGCUCGCGACUGGUCUGCUCGCCAGCAGCGUCCUCCUUCAGUCGCAGGCUGCGCGCGCUGCGGAGGCGGAUCAGCUGGACACCACCGUCGAGACCGUUGUUGGUGCUGUCAAGGCCACUGGUGAGGUCGUGAAGGCCGGUAUCUCCACCAUCCAGACCGGCGUGAAGAUCCUCAAGGAGGGCUACGAUGUGGCUGCCCCAAUCGCCAAGCAGGCCGUGGACACUGUUGCUCCCGUGGUUGUUGAGGCCGCGAAGAAGACUGUCGAGCUGGCACAGCCUGCGAUUGAUGCCGCCGCCCCGGCAAUCUCGAACACUGUCUCUGAUGUGUUGGAGAGCACGGGUGUCGACCUGUCGGCCGUGACGAACGCGGCGGGCACCGUUGGCGAGGUGGCUGGUACCGCGGUCAGUGCUGCCACCCCAGUUGCCCGCUCCUUGGCUGAGGUCCUCGCUAGCAGUGACCCGGUCACUCUGGGCGAGUACGCUCUAGGCGCUGUGGCUCUCUACUACCUGACGCCCGCUCUGUUCGGGCUGUUCCGUGGCUUUGCUGGUGAGCUGACUGCUGCAGUGGCUCUCGACACUGUGGUGAACGACGCCUCGGCCGUGCUGAUUGACAUCCGCUCAGCCCGGGAAAAGGAGGCCAGCGGCGUGCCUGAUGUGCCCGGUGCUGCCUCAAGCAAGGUUUUGGAGGUGGAGUUUGCCGCCCUGGAGGACAAGAAGCUGCGCUCUCAGCUGAAGGACCCGUCCUUCAUUGAGGCGCAGACCACUGCCCUGCAGAUUGCCUCGCUGCGCCGCAUCGGGACUAGCAGCAAGGUCAUCCUUUUGGACCGCUACGGCGCUUCGGCGGAGGCUGUCGCCCGCGAGCUGGCCAAGAAGGGCUAUAGCCGCGUCUUCAUUGUGGCUGGUGGCUUCGAUGGCCGCGCCGGCUGGAUUCAGUCGAAGCUGCAGAUUAAGCCUUACACCGCAACGAACUUGACAUUCGCUGCCCCGGCCUUCGGUGCACGCACCGGCACGACGUCGACCCGCCGCCUGCCGGCACCGCGCGCGUAAUGAGCGUAUGAGUGCACUCGCCCAUGGUGCCUUUGCUCGAACUGUGCAUCGGUAAGAAAUGUUGCACUUGAUAACUCAGCUUUGUUUUCUCUGGCUAUCAAGGAUGGACGACUAUCAUGGGCAGUGCCAAUCGCGAUAUCGUGGGUGUAUGGAAUUGACGUUGGCAAGGCUGACCUGUUCAUGACAUCUGUAUGACCGGAAACUUGGUUCGAUUGGACCCGCGAUUUAGCUCCAACGGGUCGAUCGUAUCGUGAGCGAGCUGUCGGUGGUUGUGACGCAGGGCCAUGUGCGUGGUUGACCCUAAGGACCGCAGCAGCAGCUGCAGAGUGAAUAACGGCUGCAGCCGCAUGGGCGAGAAAGACGAAAUUCACAUGAGGGUAGGCGAGGAGAGGCUUGUUCAGCCAUUAACAGCCCGAAGUAUUGCGCCCCCGUUUGUGUGGAUUUUGGUAGAUCGUGGCGCAAGUAGCGUAGGUUUCCAGCCUGUGGGCUUAUAUGUUUCAGACGAUGAUAAAAGUGUAAGAAUACGGCAGUGAGUGGCACCUGGCUGAGAUGGGUAUGCACAUGUUGCGCAUAGCGAAGGACAAGUUUUUGAUGCCGGAUUAGCUAAAUGGCUGAUUCAUGUUUGACGCACGUGUGAAAGGGUGUUUUGACGAGUAUCUAACAUGUAUUUGUGAAAUGCCAUUUUGAUAGAUAAUAUUCCUGUGCCAGAAAGAUGAGCAACUAUUAAAGGGCAAACCUGCAACCCUCCAAGAUCUGUCAAGUGUAAGCAAAUCGUUACCU